CGCAGAGCCGUAAAGAGCUCCAUGAGUCGUGAAAGGGCACGGUGCGGAAGCGUUGCUUUACGACCGUUGGGACAGGCGCGCUGGGUCGGCGUUCACUGCUUGCUACUUCUCUGUUAUGCACGUGGGCAGCUCUUCGUGUUUUUGCAGGUAACUCAGCCCUCUUGGCGUGAACCAAACACAUUGAAGGACGGAGUGGCAACGGAGGUCAAGGAUCUUGAGCUGAUGGAUUUUGCUGCUGAAAGUGAAGAGAUGUCGGGAGGAGGUCUCCAGAGUGAAGCUGAGGGGGCGCGGCUAAGUCUCGAGUCAGAUCAAGAGAGAGUAAGGACGGAGGAGUCUGGCGAUGGAGGGGCGGAGAACGGUCUGAACGGAAUGGAGAAGACAGGGGCAGGGGAAGAAGAAAGUAGACGAAGAGCAGAGGAGAUGCGAAUAGACCUAACGGUUGUGAAGCAAGAAGUAAUGGACUGGUCAGAAAUGGUAGAAGGUACGCUGAAUGGCCAGUGGGUAAAGCAGGAGGAGGACGGACAUGAGGUGAAAGAGGAAAAACCAGCCACAUUGGAGGUGAAGCAGGAGAUGGAUAGUAGUUUGAUGGUAAAAGAAGAAAAGGUGGAAGAAACAGAGAUAAAGGAAGAGAAAGUGAAGGUGAAGGAAGAAGUGAUGGACUGGCUGGAAGUGAAGGAAGAGAAGAAAGAAAGCUUGGAUAUUAAACGUGAGGAAGUGUCUCUUGAUCAGAAUAUUAAAAAGGAGGAAAUAAUGGAUGAAGUGUAUGUAAAAGAAGAGAAGUAUUUCCCCAAAGAAGAAAUGAUGGAUGAUACAAGGGUGAAAGAAGAGCCUCAAAUAAAUCCCUCAGUAGGCUCCAAGCGGAAACUGGCCAUGUCAAGAUGUGAAACUUGUGGUACAGAAGAAGCAAAGUACAGAUGUCCACGUUGUUUGCGGUAUUCCUGCAGUUUGCCCUGUGUAAAGAAACACAAAGCAGAACUAACAUGUAAUGGAGUUCGAGAUAAAACUGCUUAUGUUUCAAUACAACAGUUUACAGAAAUGAAUCUCCUAAGUGAUUAUCGAUUUUUAGAAGAUGUGGCAAGAACAGCAGACCAUAUUUCUAGAGAUGCUUUCUUGAAAAGACCAAUCAGCAAUAAACAUAUGUACUUUAUGAAAAAUCGUGCUCGAAAGCAAGGUAUUAAUUUAAAACUUCUACCCAAUGGAUUCACAAAAAGAAAAGAAAAUUCAACAUUUUUUGAUAAGAAAAAACGACAGUUUUGUUGGCAUGUGAAGCUCCAGUUUCCUCAGAGUCAAGCUGUGUAUGUAGAAAAAAGAGUACCAGAUGAUAAAACUAUUAAUGAAAUCCUAAGACCUUACAUUGAUCCUGAAAAGUCUGAUCCUGUAAUUCGUCAAAGGUUGAAAGCCUACAUUUGCUCUCAGACUGGGGUCCGAAUUUUAAUGAAGGUAGAAAAUAUGCAGCAAAAUUUAGUAAGAUAUUAUGAGCUGGAUCCUGACAAAAGUCUCCUUGACAAUUUGAGGGGCAAAGUGAUCAUUGAGUACCCGACAUUACAUGUAGUAUUAAAAGAACACAGUAAUGACAUGAAAGUUCUUCACCAAGUGAAAAGUGAAUCUACUAAGAACAUUGGUGAUGAAAAUUGAGCACUUCUUUUGGAGGAAGAAUGUGACAGUACCCAGAUAGUGGCAGAGGACCUUGUUGGAAGAUUUGGGGGUGCUUUCUCUUGGUCAUUGGAAAGUUUUGUUUCUCUGAAAACUGAUUAAACCAUCUUGGAAAAAAAAAAUGUUUUAAUGUAUUUUCUAGCUUCCUGAAUUGACUUGUAAGGCUCAGACUUUAAUAUGCUUUAUUCUGUAGGCUGAAAACUGUUGUUAGUUUGAUCCAAGGAUCCUGCGUUAGCCAAAAGUUGGCAUUCUCUUUAGCGGGACCUCACUAAAGAAGGGCCAUAUGGCACACCAUCUAGCCACAGGAGGACUGGUCUCUCAGAUGCCCAUUCUUGUCCUUGGGAUUUGUAUGUAACUUAACCUCUUGAGACAACUGAAUGGAUCUUUUAUACUUGGGUGGCACCUGGUAUGAUGUCCUAUGUAAAAGGUUGUAUAAGUACUAGGAACUGCUAUUUCUUACAGUCAGUUCAGAAAAGCAGCGGCUCCGCAUUGUUGUUUGAAUCAUCAGUGCUCACAAAUCUGGCUUUCCUUGUCCACACAGUGAGCUGUGUCUUACUGUGAAUUCUGUGCCUUGCACCCCAUUUCGACUCUCCUCUUGACAUCACCACACAGGGUGUUGUGAUGAGCAGUUUUACGCUGUGUUUGGAAACAUCUAACAAUAGCUAAAGAAGAAACACUUGGAACUCUUCAAAGUGCUUUUGGAAUGUGUAUGUGUAUUUAUGUAUAUACAUGAUUUAAUUUAUACCUUAUGGCAGCUCUAUAUACAUUAUGAUCUCACUUAUUAAAAUUAAAGUUUCCUAGUUUUACUGGAAUUUAUAGUUAUGAAAUUGCAAUAUGACUAUAAAAGAUUAUUACAUCUGUA